CCGACUUUGGCUUCUGUGCCCAGAUCACUCCAGAGCAGAGCAAGCGCAGCACCAUGGUGGGCACGCCCUACUGGAUGGCUCCGGAGGUGGUGACCCGCAAGGCUUACGGGCCCAAAGUGGACAUCUGGUCCCUGGGUAUCAUGGCCAUUGAGAUGGUUGAAGGAGAGCCUCCUUAUCUGAAUGAGAACCCACUACGAGCGUUAUACUUGAUUGCCACAAAUGGCACACCUGAGCUUCAGAAUCCAGAGAAGCUGUCUCCAGUUUUCAGAGACUUCCUGAACCGCUGCCUGGAGAUGGAUGUGGAGAAAAGGGGCGGAGGCAAAGAGCUGCUGCAGCACCCGUUCCUGAAGCUGGCCAAGCCCCUGUCCAGUCUAACGCCUCUCAUCCUGGCAGCCAAGGAGGCCAUGAAGGGCAGCCGUUAGCUGCUGGAGCUAGCCGUCCAUGCUGUGCACACACACACACACACACACACACACACACACACACACACA